AUAGAAAAGCGCUGCUAAUGGCUAUUGCUCCCUCCGCUCCCCCAAAAAAUCUAGAGCCAGUGUCCCCAUGGCUCCCUCCGCUCCCCGAAAAAUCUAGAGCUAGCGCACCAGAGCUUUCCUCUUUCCUUUCCCUUGGCUGGGAUCCAUGGAGGCGGAGGGGAUCCUGUAGCCCUCAUCUUGAUCCUGCACCAAUCGAUCCAAGUCUUGUAGGAUGGGAUCUUCUCGGCAACGACCGCAGUGACAAUCGGCCCUAGCCGGCGCUCACAUGGCCGGCCGCUCGCACCUCGGGCAGCCGCGGCCGUGUCGCUGCUCGGUUCGGUCGGCCGCGCCUCGGGCCCCCGCGGCCGCGGCGUUGCUCGACUCGACCGGCGGCGCCUCGGACCUCUUCAAGAAGACGCUCGGACCCGUCAAGAAGGCCAUCGCGGACGCCAAGCUCAAGAAGACCGACAUCGACGAGAUCGGGCUCAGCGGCGGCAGCACCAGGAUCCCCAAGGUGCCGGAGCUUCUCACGGAGUUAUUCGACGGCAAGGAGCUCAACAAGCGGAUCAACCCGGACGAGGCCGUCGCGUACGGCGCCGCCGUCCAGGGUAGCAUCAUUAGCGGCGAGGGCGGCGCCGACCAACAGGGCCAAGACGACCAGCAACGGCUCCUGGCGCGCCCCACCGCCGUCUUGGACUCGGCUGUAUGCGCCUGGACGCGGUGGCGCAGCGUGCCGGGGCCGGCGCCAGUGGCCUCUGCAAGGUGGUCUCUACGGCUCGUGCUCUACCGCGAUGCAACCACGGGGGAGCCCACCGUCGUCAACAUGUAUUGUUCAUCUUCCGUUGGUGAUGUUGAGCAUUUUUCUUCAAUCUUUGUUGAUGUAUACGAAGACCAGUGCUUCUUUGCAAAGAUUAGUGCAUUUCUGUUUCGAAAAAAAACUACGCACAAAAAUAUGUGCACGUCAAUAUAAACAUCCUCAUGUGCUCAUAUAUACUAAAUAUAAUUCUUGUGAUUUGCAAAAAAAAAUGUGCAUCUGUUAUGAUUGGGUCAUCAAUUUGUUUCCAUACUAAAUAUAUAAUACUAUUUCUUACUAUGUGGUUUCUAUAGAACGUGCAUCUAAAGAUUUCAGGCAACAGUGCACACAAAUUUGUGCAUCUCACAUGUUUAAUAAUUUUGACAUUUUCUAUCUGCAUCAAAAUUUAUGCAUAGUAUGUACUGAGAUAAUUAAACAAAAUAUAUGUGCAUCUUGAACAUGUUGCAGUAAUUAAAUUAAUUCACUACGAGUUAUAAAAAUUAUUGUAAAUACUUUUUCCACAAAUAUAUAUGUGCCUAUAUUUAUUCAACAUUUAUUACUUGUUUGCCUUGCACAAAAAUUUAUGCAUCAUUAGAUGAUUUUAUUAAUAUUUUACAGUACACAAAUUUAUGCAGAUUAUGUGCAUCUUAAUUUAGAGUGUCCCGUAUGUGCAUCUUGAUUAAAAAAAUAUAAAAUAAAUAUGGGCUGCAACCGCAAUUAUGUGCAUCUUAAUUCUUAAUCAAGCAUCGUGUGAGUGUACACCAUGUAUCCCCACUUAGCCCUGCUAAUGGGUUGAAAUCCGCACCAUACCCAACCCACCCAAAAUUAACAUAUUUAGAUAUCCAACCCCACCCAACCCAAUUAGUUAAUUUCUCAACUCUAACCAACCCGCCCCAUUAUAAACGGGUAACCCAUAAAAACCCAUGGGUUCUACUAUGUAGAGGAAUUUAGUGGUUCUACACUUAAUGUGGGGACCACAUAUAUGUCUAGCCACACUAUUUUUCACAGAGUAUCUGUCAGUCAUAUUGACUCAUCUCUAAAAAUUUUAGUCAAUUUCGAUAAAAUUUUAUAGUGUGAACGUGAGAUUUUAAUUCUAGGGUCCGGCUCUUGAUGUGGAGCCCAUGUGUAGUUCUAGCCACGCUGCUUUGCACAUAGUAGCUGCCGGUCGUACUUAGUCAUCUCCAACAAAUUUCAGUCAAUUUCGAUAAAAUUUUAUAGUGUUAACGCGAGGUUUUAAUUCUAGGGUCUGGCUCUUCAUGUGGGGCCCACAGGUAGUUCUAGCCACAUUGCUUUGCACAAAAUAGCUGCCAGUCGUACUGAAUCAUCUCCAACAAAAUUCAGUCAAUUUCGAUAAAAUUUUCUGAUAUAAACACGUGGUUUUAAUUUCAGAGUCCAGCUCUCACGUGAGACCCACAUUUAUAUAUAGAUAUACUAUUUUGUAAAAUGUAUCCAUUUCAACCCACCCCAACCCGCCUUAACCCGCAUUUAUAUAGAACCCGCCCCGACCCACCCCAUUAACUAAUACAAUCCAUUUUAACUCAUCCAAACACACUCCAUUUCAAAACCCACCCCAUAAAACUCAUUUCAACCCAACCCAUUAGCAGGCCUAUCCCCACUCAUAUUUUUUGCACAGUGAUGAAUAUUUCAGCCUACGUCGCCGGGUUCAUCCGCGUUUAGUUUAAUCCUAUUUGUGCCGUGCUGUUUAGUUAAAUUUUGUUUGCGCCGUACGUGAAGUAACAAGAUACAUGCAUCAUGUAUGUGAAGUAACAAAUUUGUUAUGUGCAUGAAUAUGUACACAUGUACGUCAUGGUACAUUAUUGGAGAUUCCAUCUCUAGAAUACACGAUGCACUGUUGAUUUACAGUUUCACAAUAAUAAGUGCACCGUGCACUUUAUAUUUUUAGGAUUUUUCUGUUCACUGCUUUGUUAAAAUUUUAUAUUAUUUUUUAAGCAGUGCUUACAAGGAAAAUAUAUGUGCAUUUUAGACCCUUUUACUUAUUUUUUUUUUCAAAGAGUGCUUAUAAGGAAAAAAUAUAUGUGCAUUUUCUUUGCUACUUACAAAAAAGUGCAUCAUCAGACAAUUUUGUUAGAAAUGUACAUACAUCUUGAAUAAGUUACGUUUCUACCCAGCUCUCUCUAGAUUAUUUGAUGUGAAAAAAUAUUUUACAAUUUUAUGAGCAAAAGUAUAGAUAUCACCUUUUUGUGCAUUUUCAUAUUUUUCACAAGAGAAUGUGUGAGAACUUUUUCUCGUAAAGACUAGAUGCACAACCAUUCAUUGAUCAGUCCCCUAACUUGUUUUCUCAGUUCAAAAAUAAUUCAGCGCCAUAUACACUCGUUCUUAGAUGCACAAAAAAAUUGCAUUAUACUCUGUUGGUAUUUUUAUUCUGCUAUUUUUCAUAUUCUCUGUUGAUAUUUUUAUUCUGCUAUUUUACAUGUUCUUGCUUAUAAAUGAUGUGUGUUGAUUUACAUAUUCUGUGUUGAUAUUUUUAUUGUGCUAUUCUUUUCGCAGUGAUAGUCUUGGGGGGAAAAUGUAGUGAUUAACUCCAAUUUCUGGUGCCAAACGGCACGUGUAAAUGUGUCCUAGACUUUAAACCUAUUUGGAAGCAAAUUGUAACUUUCAUAUUUUUUUUAUUUUCCUUCUAUAUUUUUUUUAUCUAUUUGUACUGUUACAAGAA